AUGCACUUCUGCUGGCAAGAUCGCAAGAAUAAUAAGUGCGAUGAGGAUUCAGACCUGAUUGUAUUCCCCGAAGAAGCCGUAUUCUCCAAAGUGAAGCAGACUGAGCAACGAAUCUUCAUGCUGACGUUCAAAACAUCUAACAAACGAAUGUUCUUUUGGAUGCAACAGGCGGACGAUACCGAAGAUGAUCUACUGGUGAAGAAGGUCAAUUUCCUUCUGAAUAACCCCCCACUCCCUGAUGCAGACCCCGAAACCAUCUUUGACUCUCUCAACGAAACUGAAGAGGCGCCAGCCGAAGAGACUACGCCAGCCACAGACGCUUCAGAAGACACUGAAAUGGCCGAGGCCUCCACACCACCCGCUAACGUAGACAGGGAAACAUCUGCUGCCACGGUCGAUGCUGCUACUACUGACCAGAUGGCGGCCUUCUCAGCGCUACUUUCUUCCAUAAAACUCCCCGAUACCACAAACCUCACUGACACGUUGACUCUAGAAGCCAUGGAGAACCUCUUUAGAGAUGAUUCUGCAUUAGAAACGCUCAAGCCCUCCUUACCCGAGCCCCACACACCGGAAAAUAUGCACGCCGUCAUCCGUAGCCCUCAAUUUGUCCAGGCCUUGAAUGCCUUCAAUGCUGCCCUGAAAUCUGGUGACUUGCCUCUAGAGUCUGUUGGCGUAUCGGGGGUAGAAGUCCAAGGAAGGACAGGUGUGGACGCCUUUCUAUCCGCGCUUCAAGCAGAGGAAGACAAUAAGAAGAAAUCUGCCAGCGAGAAACAGAGUGACCAUUUGGAAACAGAAUGAGACACUAUCCGAAGGGAUGCAAUACAUGUGAAACACUGUACCAAUGAUCUAUGAUGAAUGACAUGGGUGCACGACAGUUGCCGUCUGUUUCGUGUAUAAUUUUUGCAUUGUUUCUCAAAAACACACGUUAGUCUUGAAAUUGACGUAUUAUUUUGUAUUCAGAUAUAAUCUACUAGCACAUCGCCAGUUUAAUGAAUAAGAGCAAUUCGCACAUUCCGAAGCUUUAGGCUUUCUAUACAGGGAAUCGAGUUGUAUUUUACUUUAUACCUCAUUUAUUUAUAAACCUUUCUCAAUCUGACUCGGGCCUUGAUAUGCCUCGCUCCUCAUGACCCCGGACCAGACAGUUUGAUCAGUCGGAUGAUCACGUCGACCAAAUUCAGC